AUGUCGUCGUGGCUCUCCGCCAAAAUCUCCGCUCUCGGAGAGCGGGUGAUGGACAGCGUGCUCGACGCCGUUGUCCAGAACCAAGAUGUGCACAUCAAGAAUCUGCAAAACAUGCAGCAGUGGAACAUUUCGCGUCUGGUGAACCGCGUGGUGAACGCCAAGUACUUUUACAAGCAGAACAACGUGGAGAGCUCGCCAGACUUCGACGCCCUGUUUCCGCCCUCGUUUUCCCCGGUGCCUGUGUCGCGCGCUUCGUCCGCGCAGAGCGGAUGCGCCGCGCAGCCACGAGAUGCCUCCUCGUCGGCCGCGUCUCUAUUCGUCCCCCAAGGCCCCAUAGGGCGCUUGGAAAUCUGCGUCGGCUCCUGCUCCCUCGUGCUUUUCACCGCCGAGGGCGGCCGCGUCUUGCCUCAUGUGGCCAUGCUGCAGAGGCAGCAGCAGCACCAGCAGUUGCUGUGGCAGACAGUCAUUCAUGUCGAGAAUCAGGAGCAAAGAAGUCCGUGCUACAAGAUGGAGCAGCGGGACGCCUACUCGACAAACGAGAUCCUGUUCAACGACUCCUACGAGUUCCCAGUUCGGGACCUGUGGACAGAUAUCUGCAUCAACGUUUUUGCUUUGAAGACGAAGCGCCACAUCAUCAUCCACCCUUCGUCGUCGUCUCCAGGGGCCGCCGGCGCCUCUGUCUCUUCGAGCUGCAGACACUCUUCUCACCACCAUUCGAGCCGCCACUCGCGCUCGCGGGCGUCCCCUGCCGGCGGGGCGUCGGCUUCUUCCGCUGAGUCGUCCGCCGGCGCGACCGGGGGCCUCGCGGGCGAUGCGGGCGCGUUGGGCUCCUCCACGGACGCGUCCCUCGGGGCCUCGGCGCCGGCGGGCGCCGGCAACAGGGAGCGGUCCGACGGAGCCGGCAGGGCCGCGGGGCAGGACGACGGAGAGCGAGGCCUCGAGGCGGGCGCGUGCAGCGUGGACAGCUGCCGCGGCAGCCGCAUGUAUUCCCCGUCUCCGCCUUCCGACUCGCCUCCCACCUCGCGCCACUCUUCGCAUGCGACGCUGUCGCAUAGCUCGCUGAGUCCCUCGGGCGUCCCCAAGGCCUCCACCUUGCCGGCGGCGUCUUCUUCCUCGUCUUCGCGUGAGGGCCGCUACCUCUACGGCCGCGCCAUCGUGCCGCUCUCCGCUUUUCUGUCCUCCACGCCUCCGCAGUGGGAGGCGCACGAGCGGCGCGGCGAGCCUGCAUCGCGCCACAGAAGAGAGUCGUUGCUGUGGCGCGGCGUCCAGAGCGUGCGCGAGCGCAUGUGGGGCCGGAGCGAGCGAGGCGAAAAAUUAAGGAAGGCCGACGACGCAGGCGACAGCGAAGAGCGCAGAGUCAGCCGCGCAGAGUUCUGGGUGCAGCUCUUCCCCGACAACAACAAACUAUCCGAGCGAAAAUUCCUCAAGCCCGUCAAAGGCUUCGAGGAGUUUGGCAUGAAGAAUCCCCUGAGCACUCUGGGCUUUCUGCGCGUCGCAGUGGCCUUCGAGUGGCUGCAUGAACCCGCAGUCUCGCCGCUGCUGUCGUGUCUGCUGCCGCCGUCUCAUCUCUGGGUGGUGCCGCUGAAGCCCGAGCCGCACUUCGUGGAGUCCUUCUCGCGCCGAUGCAAAGACGUUCUCGAGGAGCCUCCCCGCUGGAUAGACCUCUUCUUCCACUUCGGCGGACACUUGGCGGACCGGACGUGGUCGGGGUCUGCGUGCUGGUUUCUUUUUUGGAUAAACUUGUUUUACCUCACGUGUCUCGCGCCUCUGUGGCAAGUCCCGGCUUGUGUGUUUCUGGCGGUCGGUUUCAUCUCUUUUUCGUAUUUUCUUCUACGUCAAAAUCGUUUUUUUCGAGGCGCCGCGGCUCACCUCGCGCGCGCGACCGUCCCCCUGGCGGCGCCGCCGCUGUCGUUUCACACGCCGACAUGGGCGGCGCCGGUGUCACCGUCGUUCUCUCUCUUGCUUCCUUCUGCCUCUCCGUCGCUCUCAGCCUCUGCGUCGCUCGCGUCUUGCUCGGCGCCUGCGUGCCUGCUGGCCUCCGGCUCUUCGUCUUCUGGGACCCCUGCGUUUUCGGCUGGUGCUGCUGCGCCGCCCGCCCCGCCGGAGGCCUCGCCGUUCUUCCGCUACAAAGACAAGCGCGAUAAGAGCUCGAGAUCCCUCGUCGCGCCGCUGGGCGACUGCCCCGAGGGCAGCGACUGGGAGGAAGGCUUCUCGGAUGACGCGGCGUGGCCUCAGGCAUUCAAAGAGGCGAACAGGGCCGACCAGGGCCGCGCCUGGCCCCCGCGCCCGCGCCGAGGGUCCUCCUGCUCGGUCAUGGGCGAGGGCGAGGAAACCCGCGAGAACCGCCCUCCCGCUCGACGGCGCCUCGCGCUCGCCGUCGAUCGCCCUCUGCGCGACGCCGAAGGCAAGGAAGACCUCGAGGCCGACGCGGCGGAGGCGCGAGACGCACGGCGGAGGCGAAACUGCCUGGAGAAGCCGCCUGAUGCAGCCGACGCCGCCAUCUUGGCUGCGCUCGGCCUCUCCUCCCUCCGCUCCUCCUUCUCCUUCUCGGGAGCGGAGCCGGUCGCGAAGCGCCCCGCAGAAAACCCGCGAGGCGACGAUGAACCCGACAGCAGACAGUCCUUGGACUACUUCUUCGCCGGCUCCGAGGGCGCCGAGACGAAGCGAAACGAUCGCGAUUCGCCCCUUCAGGGCGCCGCGCCCGCUCCGCCUGCCGCCUUUGCGCCGCGCGAGGAAGACAGCGUCGUCCUCGGGGGCCGCUGGGAGGACAGCGAGAAGGGCGAGGGCUGCAGCGCCGCGGCGCAGCGCGCGGGGCGCGUCUCGAAGGUCUCUUCGCCUUUUGGAGACAUCACGCUCUUUGUCCGCGAAAGCACGAAGGGCGAAGAAGGCAGAGGCCUCGCCUCCGACGAGACCUGGCCCGUUUUCGCCGACGACGAAGCCGAGCCUCUCGUGCAAGAACAACUCAACAAGUUAAUUGAACUCGCCACUGGUCUCCAGAUUGCGACGGGCUAUCUGUCUUCGGUGACAGAGAAGCUGCGUUACGCGUUUAACUGGGAAGAUCCUUUCCUUUCGUUCGCUUCCCUGCUUCUGCUGUUUGUUCACGCCCUCCUCUGGUCGCUGUUGCUCUACGGGGCCACGUUUGUGCCGCUGAUCGUCUUCCGGGUCCUGCUUUUUGUCGGCUUCCUCCUCUUCGGCUUCGUCACAGACCCGCGCGUCCAGGCGCGCGUAGACGAGAAGCUGAAGCGCGAGCUCAGUCGGCGCUCAGAGACUGAAAAGGCUUCCCAGGCCGCUCUCGGCGGCGCGGACGUGGCUGGCAGCGAUGCGAUCGCAGACGGCAGGCCGCACCAGAACCUCGACGCGAGAAACGCCGCCGCCUUGCCCUGCGCAGAGACUGAGGACAGCUGCGGCCGCCUGUCGUCGGCGUCCUCGACUGGCUCCUGCUCGUUGCCCUUCGGCUCCGCUGCAGCCGGGGGGUUCGACGCCCGAGCGGACGGCGCCGAGGGAGACGACGGAGCCCGCGCGGUAGGGGCGACCCCUGAGGACGGCGAGCGCGACGCCGGCGAGAGUGGAUACUCCGCGCGAGGAGGCCGCGACAAGAAGGAGCAGCCCGCGAACCUCAGAGGCCUCACGCCCUCGUCGUGGCUCGCCUCGCUCGUCGGUCCAGCUUCGCCCUUCCUGCCUAGCAAGGACUCCACGGCCCCUGCGGCCGCCGCGGACGUGUCGAGCUCUGCGGGUUUGGGCGCCUCGCCGAUAUGGAAUUUGGUUGACGUUUCUGCGAUUCUGAGGCGGCGCGGGCCGCCCAGCGCGCGCGCAGUGACUCUCGGUCGGCGUCAAAGCGCCUCCUCCGCCUCGUUGCCUCAGGCGACGCGCGACGGCGAGGAGAAGCGCCGCCCGAGCCUGGCGAGCCAAUUCGCAGCCACGGACAAGUCGUAUUCCUGCACAGACGUGACCGACCCGGCGGACGCGGCGCCGCCUGUCGAGCGCCGGGCCUCGUCUCCGUUGCCCGUCUCGCAUCUCUCCUUACUGUCUUCGUUCGAGUCGUCUGCGGGCGCGAGUUCGCCGAGCGCCGAGAGAGUCGGUUUGCUGACCUUUUUAGCGGAAGACACACAGUCGCGCUGUCGCGCACUCGCGUCGAUCUUGUCCGCGCUGCUGCCUUCGUUUCUGUUUGCAAACGCUUCGCCGCUGGCGACGUGUCUGGACGCGCUCGAGGGCGGCGCGCAGCGACUCUCUGCGUUUAUGCAGGCGGCCCUUUUCUGCCCGCUGCUUCGCGCCCUCGAGUCUGCGGUCGCCACCUACUUUUCGCUCCUCUACUUUUGGUGGAUGCGGCUGCCCGACAGAAGAGAGAUCGAGCACCGCUUGAUCGCCUCGACGCAGGUCGUCUCCUCGCUGCACGCCCUCGUGCCGGCGGCGUCUUCUGCGCCGGCCUCGAGGCGCGUCGCCGCGCCGGCGCCGGUCUUCGCGGCGACCUCCCCGCCCUCGGCAAUGGCAACUCGGUCCCUUUUCUCCGUGGACAGCCUCCUCUUUGCGCCAGCGAGGCGCCUCGCGCUCGCACAUGCGGCGCCGGCCGCCGCGGGCGGUGCCGCGCCCGACGUGCGCGAGUACUUGGACAACUACUUUCAGCAGCGCUGGGAGAAGGAGAAUCCGCUGACGGCGUCCGUGUACGCCGCAGCGCCCUAUCUGCUGCCUGCCGCGCAGAAGAAGGGCACCAAGACGAGCGCGAAGAGCGAGGAGAAGGACGUUUUCGCGCGGGACUUGCCGCGGAAGCGCGAGAAGCCCGAGGCCCUGACUGUCCGUGCGCGCGAAGUGAAGCUCGCGGGCGCGGCCUUCGGCUCGACGCUGGACAAAGAAGCCGUCAUUGCACGCGCGACCAGCGGCGGGUACGCGCCAGAAGUUGCCCUUUUCGCCUCGAACUUGUCUCCACAGGAACUGCAAAAGUGGCAGCAGGCGCAGGCGCGGAGGGUGAGCGAUCGGCCGCGCUCGCGCCCGACUAGCCAGCGGGGCUCCGCGUCGGGCUCACGCAGCUCCUCGCCUCACUCGCUGGGUUCCUCGUGGGCGCGGCCCGAGAGCCGGAAGGAGACAGAGCCCGACGGCGAGAGCCGCGACGCGCGGAGAAGCAGCGCGGCCUUCGCGUCUCGCGCGCGCGCCGCGACUAAGGAUCGAGACAGUGCCAGAGAGAGAGAGCGAGGCGACAAGCGGGAGAGAUAUGUCGGGCCCGUGAUCAGCCUGGGGGGCGAAGACAUCGCAAUCGUCACGCACCGCCGCCCCCCCCCCGCACGCGGCCCGCGACCGACGGGCGCCCCCAGCGCGAGCUUCGCGCCCGGCGCAAUAGAUGGCGGAGACGGAGAACAGCGAGAGGCCGAGAGGCCCGCGGAUGAAAAACAGACGCAAGAUGCGGCCUCGAAACUCGUCAGGGGGCUCCACCUUGCAGACUUCCCUGCCUUCGAUAUCUUCUUUGGGCGCACGCGCAAGGCCUCGCGCGAUAGCGACGUCUCUCUAGACGCGCAAGUCGACGACGAGGGGAACUCCGCCGCACAGAGAGAGCCCGGAGGCCGCUAG